AUGGCUCGGCCGUCAACUCGCUCACCAACUCCCGUAGGUUCGCACAAGUACCGCCGCGACGAUCGGUACUCCAGCAGAGGCGACUCAUACCGCGAUCGUCGGCGCUCCCGCAGUCCUCCUAGGCGCGACCGUGAACGCGACCGCGACUACUAUGAUCCCCCGCGCCGGGACCGCUCCCGAGACCGUCGCUAUGGCGGCCGUGACGACCGUAGCUACCGCCCGCACCGCGAUCGUUCCCGUGACCGAAAGCGGUCGCGCGACCGCUCGCCGCCUCGCGAUCACCGCCGACGUGAUGACUCGAGAGACCGUGUGAAGCGACGCCGGGACGAUUCCACCGACUCGAGGCGCACUGCCAGGCGCGAUCCCAGCCCAGCUAGGUCCAAGGAAUCUAACAAGCCAUCCGAUGCUCCGCCUUCGUCCACGCCCGCCGACACCCAAACUCCAGAAGCGGAAAGCGCUGAAGCUCGCAAGCAAGCCGAGCGCCUCAAGAGAACCCAGCUUUGGAAGGCAAAGAUUGAAGCACAGAAGAAAGAGCAAGAGCUGAAGGGAGGUGCCCGCGAGAUCCUAGAGGCUAUGGAUAGGAAGACUGUGGCAUCGCCGACAGCCGUCGCUUCUCCUCAGUCACCUGCACCGGCACUGUCACCUGUACCGGCACCUGCACAGGACACUAGCACCUCACCUCCCAAGCAGCAGUACACUGGAAAGUUUGACCCGAAGGCGAUAGCAAAGAGAGCAACCGGCCCGAGCACCAUUGGUGCCAAUGCCCUUGGAGGGGACGUGGCCGUUCCUUUCACGAAGCCUGCAGCCGCGACCAUCCAGAGUCAGGCACCCAAGCCGGGCUCCAUGCUCAAAGCUAAAGGCAACGUUGGCGGCUUUGGGUUUGGGCCGCGUGCUGCGGAUACCGAGAAGCCCGGAGCGAAGAAAGCGCUGGAUUUAGAAGAUGAAGAAUCGACGCGCAAAAAGCUCGAAAAGCUUCCGACCCCGGACCUUGACGAUGCUGCUGUCCAGAACGAUGAGGCUGAGCAGCUCGACGGCGCUGAUGACUCUGGUGAUGACGAUACAGGCAUGGCUGAUGGAGGCACAGAAGAAGAGCAAGCUGCUGCCGCUCGUGCUGCCGCAGAAAAGCGCGAGGAACGCAUGCAACUCGCAAAGACACCCGAAGCAGACACUGCAAUGACCGAUGCACCUCAACCCGUCCAAGGCGACGAAGAGGAUGUAGACCCAUUGGAUGCAUUCAUGUCAGGAUUGAGCACAGUUGCCCCCAAGAGGCCUACGAAGACGAUGUCGAAGUCUGGACAAAAGGAACCCAUCGCCAUGUACGGUGAUGAUGAUGACCCCCAGGAAGCAGCGAUUGACUCGGAUCCUGAAGACGUUCUCGCAAGGGAAACUAGGAAGAAGGCCAAGGCGACCAUCGGUCAAGUCGACCACAAAAAGAUGAGCUACAAGGACGUCAGGUUCAACUUUUACACCGAGCCUUUGGAGUUGGCUGCCAUGGACGAGGAUGCGGUCUCUAGUCUCCGGUUUGAGCUUGAUGGUAUUAAGGUCAUGGGUCGCGAAAUACCAAAGCCUAUAUCCGCCUUUGCGCAGUGCGGCCUUGGCCUCAAAACGCUGGACGUCCUGAGGCAUCUCGACUUCGACAAACCCACUUCUAUCCAGGCUCAGGCAAUUCCUACGAUCAUGUCCGGUAGAGAUCUGGUUGCUGUGGCUAAGACCGGCUCUGGUAAAACGCUUGCAUUCCUCUUGCCCAUGUUCCGCCACAUCAUGGAUCAAGACUCCCUCAAGCCACUCGAUGGCCCCAUCUCCGUGAUUAUGGCCCCCACUCGUGAGCUGGCCGCUCAGAUUGCUAGGGAAGCUCGGCCGUUCGCCAGAGCACUGAACCUCCGCGUAGUUGUUUGCGGUGGAGGUGCACCCAUCAAAGAUCAAAUUGCUGAGCUGAAGAAGGGCGCUGAGAUCAUCAUUGCCACACCGGGCCGUUUGAUCGAACUCCUCGGAGCGAACAGCGGGCGCGUUACCAAUUUAGCCCGCGUCACCUAUGUUGUCCUUGACGAGGCAGACCGUAUGUUCGAUUUGGGCUUCAAGCCUCAGAUCAGUAGGAUUCUGUCCAAUGUGCGUCCGAAGCGACAGACAGUGCUUUUCAGUGCUACCUUCCCCGGCCAGUUGGAGUUGAUUGCCAAGGAACAGCUGAACGACCCUGUCACAGUCAUUGUUGGCGAAAGGUCUACUGUUGCUUCUGAAGUCACUCAGGUCAUCGAGAUUGUCGAGGAGGACGAUAAGUUCAACCGCCUGCUUGGUAUCCUUGGUGACUUUUACAAGUCGGAUGAUGAUUCUAGGACCCUGAUUUUCGUGAAAUCCCAACAGACUGCCGAUAAACUUCUUGAUCUGCUUCUGAAGAAGUACUAUAGCUGCGACUCUAUUCAUGGUGCCAAGGACCAAGUCGAUCGCGAUUCGGCGCUUUCGGACUUCAAGAAAGGCGCCAUUCCCAUCUUGAUCGCAACCAGUGUUGCAGCUCGUGGACUCGACGUCAAACAACUGAGGCUUGUCAUCCAGUAUGACGCCCCUGACCACUUGGAAGAUUACGUCCAUCGUGCGGGUCGUACGGGGCGCGCUGGAAACAAGGGCACGGCGAUCACCUUUAUUUCACCGCGCCAAGCUGGGCGCGCGAGGGAGAUUGCCAAAGCAUUCACUUACGCCAAGUUGCCAAUCCCCGAGAAUCUUGCAGAGAUUGCAGAAAAGGCAAAGGGCACCAGGUCAAACAUGAGCAAAAAGGGCUUCAUGGGCAAAUCUCUUGAUCACUAUGAUAAGCAGCACGAGGCUGCCAGGAAGGCGCAGAAGAGCCAGUACAAGAUGAUGGAUGGAGACGAGGACGAUGAUGAGGAGCAAGAGGAAGCGGCCGCACCUGUGGUCCAGGCAAGGACUCCAACGACAUCCGAGGCGGCUCAGACACCCACAGAGGCCAAGCCGGCUGCUAGCGCCGGGGGCUUCAACUUCAACCAACCCAUCAAAGUCUAUAAGACGGAGCAGCCGGAGGCGUCUGCAUCGAAGACGAAGUCCAACGAUCCUCUCGAGCGGGUGCGCGCAGCGGCAAGCAAGAUCGACGGCCGGCUCACGCAACGCAACCAACUGCGUCCUGGACAACCUAUUGACAACAAGGGACCCGAUGCUGGUGCCUACCAUGCCACGCUGGAGAUCAACGAUUAUCCUCAGAAGGCUCGCUGGGCUGUCACCAACCGCACCAAUGUCGCGAAGAUCUUGGAAGCUACGGGCACGUCGAUCACUACGAAGGGCAAUUUCUACACCAAGGGCGACACGCCCGGACCCGAGCAGCCGCCCAAGCUCUACAUUCUGGUGGAAGGCGACACGGAAAUCGUUGUCCAGAACGCGAUGAGGGAACUGAUGCGCUUGCUCAAGGAAGGCACUGUUGCUUCUCAAGAUACCGAAACGCGCGGCGCAACUGGAAAGUACAACGUCGUCUAG